AUGGUAAAAGGAUCAAAAUCUGGGUCAGAUUGUGCGGUUUUCACAAAGAACAGGACUUUGAUUAAAUCUGUAGUUGAUGGCUCCGUUGUUCUAUGGAAUAGUGACGCAGACAAAAAGGAAUGCCGACUUGCAACAUAUUGCAAGAAAGGAGGUAGACACGUCUUAUAUCUUAACUUUAGGGAAGGUAAUAAUAUUAUAUUUUCGCCUGCAUGUUUUGAAAAAGUAAAUGGAGACUGGCAUGCAAUCCAAAAGGAUGCUUAUACGGCAAAAUUGGAGGAAAUGGUUGGAAAAGAUUAUGAUGAGGAAGAUGAGGAUAAUUAUUAUAAAAAGAAAGCUUUUGCCGAAAAGAUGGUUCAAAAGAAUACAAAACCUUUUACCCUCAAUAUAUCCAAUCCACCAGAAAAUGUCUCAGUUAUGGAACAUGAUUACCUUGGAGUUAGACAUUUAGCAUACAGUCCUAAUUCUGGAACACACAUGUCUUCUGUUGUUGACUCUGGAGUUACUCUAUGGACUUCCAGAAAGAGCGAGGAAUGUGCAACUGCAGAAGUAUAUACAAAGGCGAAUGUUACACUUCUCCGCCUAUAUGUCUAUGAUACGGGUAUUACUUCUUCCUUAUACUUUAGAAGAAUAGAUGGACAAUUUAUGCCAAUGACAGAAUCCGCAUUCUUUGAUGACUUAGAUGAGAUGGGCAUCCGUACACAUACCCAGCUAAGACAAUAG